AUGACGUCCUUUGGCGAGCUGCUCCAGCUCGCGGGCACGUCGGACCCGGCCGAGCUCUUUGGCCGCGCGUGGCGCCUCUGGGGCUCCGUUCAGCGCUCGAUCGAGCCGGCAGCGGCCGAGGGCGAGCUGCGCUCGGCGCAGGCGCUGAUGAGCAUCCUGGUCGACGCGGGCGCGCUCUCCGAGCGCCAGCUCUCCCAGGCGGAGCUCUGUCGUUCCUCCGUCUCCGCGCUCCUCGCCACGCUCGAAAGCCCCGGCGCCGCCCGAGCCGGCGCUCAGCCAGUCGCAGCUGCGGCUGCGGAGAGCGAGACGCCGAGCUCCGAUCUGGGCGCCGCGCACGCGGCCCCGCACGCGGGCCGCCGGCACGCGCCGCGGCCCGACGCGCUGCCGGCGCCCUCCAUGCUGCUCGGGAGCGGCCUGCUUGCCGCAAGGCCCUCCCGCGGUUUGGCGGCGGGCGGCGGCGGGGGCUGGGGGCGCGCGGGGGGGGGGGCGUCCGCGGCGCCCGGCGCGGCGCGCGGGGUCUGGUUGGCGGCCGGCG